AUGACCGAUGCAUCCACCUUUACAUUACCAGUCACGGAUCCAGCGUCUGCUUCCGCCAACAAAAAGAGACCUUUCAAGCCAGCUUCGACCACCCCUCAGCCAGGCGAUGGAGCGUACCUUGCCGCUCAACAUCAGAAUCGACAAAAUGGCAUGAAUCAGCAAGGUCAGAUCAACGGCAAUGGCAGUAAUGGAUAUAGGAAGAAAGAGUGGCAAAGUAUUAGCCAUGGCGGACCGAGUCGAUACAGUGGGAAUGUUGGUGGUAUCAAGCACAAUCACCCAUCGCAAGCCCAACAUCGCCCUUUCAAUCGAUCUCGACAGAAUGGUGAUGGACCUGUCAACAAUGGUGCGUCUCAGUCAAACGGCUCUGUCUCUUAUCUCAGUCAUCGUCUCCGGCCUAAUCAUUCUGUAUCACGACCAAUGAACCACAACCGCCCUAAUGACAAUCAGCAGGAUGGUCUGAGCAAGCCUGCCGCAUCUGUCAAACGUCCUCAGCUUCAACAGGCCGCUUCCUUAGAUGCCGAAGCUCCUUCGUUCACUCCUGGUGCGGUAUUCCUAAAGAACGACCGUAAUAAUCAGAGACAGAAGCAGAAGAAGGACGAGAAGGAUGGUCAAACAGAAGGAUCUGUUCAAGCUGCAGUAUCAAGCCGUAAAGCUGCGUUCCAGCAAUCUAAUAAGCUCACAAAGACGAGAUCUAGAAGUUCAGUGGAAGGAGCCAAACCAUCUCCACUUAUUAACGCCCCACCUCGAGAGAAGAGGAAGAAGGAUGAGCCGGAUGAUUUGGUAUCUAGGUUGACUAGAGGUCUGAAGCAGAGACCGUUCUUGGAGUGUCCUAUUUGUUUUAAUUCUAUUACCCCGAGCCAACAGACCUGGUCGUGUCUUCCACCAGAUCACGCACCAGAAGCCUCUUCGUCACUCACACUGCAACCAAACCCCAUCACUGGAUCUACAUCUACUUCCAACUACUACUCCGCAUGCUAUACGCCGUUCCAUUUAGACUGUAUCCAAGACUGGGCCAAUAGAAGUUUAGAAGAGGAGGAGAAGAAAGCUAGAAACGCCGGUAGAGAAGAUGAAGAUAUUGCUUGGAGGUGUCCUGGUUGUCAGAAGAGGAGGGCGGAGCGUGUAGCUGGGUACAGGUGUUUUUGUGGGCGCUUAUCUCACCCUCCCACAUCAACUUCAGCUCCUCAUUCAUGCAAUGACACAUGUGCUCGUAAAAGACCCAAGUGUUCUCAUCCUUGUCCCUUAGCUUGUCAUCCCGGUCCUUGUCCACCAUGUCAAGUCGCUCUUGUGGUUCCAUGCCCUUCCCAUCAUACUCCACUUACAGUCAAAUGUUCUGCCGCUACCACCAACAACUCUGCUCUUUCGCCAGUAUGUGAUGAACCCUGCGCCCGACAGCUCAACUGCGGUAACAAGGAUCACGAAUGUGAACAGCUUUGUCAUUAUGGUCCCUGCAAACCUUGUGAGGCAAGAGAAGUCGCUAGGUGUUACUGCGGUCAGGACGAAAAGGACGUCGAGUGUGGUUGGGGUAGGGAGAACGAUAAAGUAUGUAAGAGGUUAGAUGAUAUAGGAGAAGAAGGAACUUGGUGGGGGAAAUACGACUGCAGUAGACCUUGUGAUAGGUUGUUCGACUGUGGUGUACACCCAUGCAAAGAGGCAUGUCACCCUCAUCCUAUUCAUCCCCUUCACUGCCCACUAUCUCCCGAUGUCAUUACCCACUGUGCAUGCGGUACAACCACUCUCUCCUCGCUCGGUGCAGCGAGAAAAGAUUGUCUCGCUCCGAUUCCCACCUGUAGCGCCAAGUGUCCCAAGAGUCGACCGUGUGGUCAUGCCUGUCCGAAGAAAUGUCAUACCGGGCCCUGUCCACCAUGUCACGAAGAGGUCAUACGGACUUGUAGGUGUGGUCAGAGUCAGUUGUUAGUACCAUGUGACGAACUGAGAGAACGGGCGGAAAGAGGUGAAGGAGAAGUGACAUGUGAGAGGGUAUGCAAGGCUUUGCGAAGCUGCGGUCGUCAUGAAUGUGGUAGAUUAUGUUGCCCUCUGUGGGAACAAGCUUUCCGAAGCAAGAAGCAGAGGAACGAAGACUAUAAUCCAUAUACCGAAGACGAUUUACACAAAUGCCAUCUCACCUGCGGAAACUGCUCAGCUGCGUCUUACGAUGAGUUGAUUUGUCAUUGUGGGAACACUGUUGUAUACCCACCAGUAGCAUGCGGGACCAUUAUCAAAUGUAUCUACCCAUGUGAUCGGCCCGCACCAGCCUGCGGGCACCCCAAAUCACCUCAUUCAUGCCACGAGAAUCCCGAAUGUCCACCAUGUCCAUAUCUUACCAACAAGCCAUGCGCCUGUGGUAAAGAUCCGGCAGUCAAGAACGUUCGAUGUUCUCAAGAUCGAGUCUCGUGCGGUCAACAAUGUGGUGAACUGCUCAGAUGUGGUUAUCACAAAUGUGCGAAAUUAUGUCAUCGACCUGGAGAAUGUGAAUCAUGUACACAAGUCUGUGGGAAACCCAAACGGAUCUGUAAACACCCAUGUACCACUACAUGUCAUGCUCCAGCCAAAUGUCCCGAGAAUGACCCCUGUCAAGCUAUCGUCACUCAAUCGUGUGCAUGUGGACAUCUUCAAUCGAGAACUUCCUGUGGUGCAUCGACGUCAAAUCCUAGAUCGAGAGAGGUAGAACAGUUGAAAUGUAAUUCAGAGUGUGCGGUCAGACAGAGGAACGCGAGGCUGGCGGAUGCCUUGGGGAUCAAACAGUCUGAAAGAGGAUUGGAAUCGUACGGAGAUGAGUUGAAGACUUUUGCCAUUCAGAACCACGGAUUUGUGAAAAUGGUGGAGAACACUUUUGAGGAAUUUAUCAAAGGUACAAGACAGAGUAUGGUCCUACCUCAUAUGCCUCCCGCCAAGCGAGUCUUUGUCAUGUCUUUAGCGGAACAUUAUCGGCUCACUCGUGAAUUGAUCGAUCAAGAACCUAAUCGAUCUGUCCAGAUUCGACGUAGAGUCGAUACUCGUCUACCAAACCCAUUACUGAGCUCGGCCGUCGCAUCAACCACUUCCGCACCUGCUCAGACUAGAUUGGUGACUAAUUUAGGUGGGGCAUGGGGCAAAUCAUCUGGAAGUACCGCUGCUAGUGUCGUUGCUGGUGCUACUACCACCGGAUCCUCCUCGUCGAUGUGGAGAAAUACCAGUGGUUCGUCAUCCAAUAGACCUUCCAGAAUACCUACCCCUGUAGCUCCGGUGUUGAGAGAACAGUCUAGACCUGUGGAAAUGAAAGUGGGAGAUGGCGAGGAUGAUUGGGAUGUGGAUUUGUAG